GGAUCCGCCAGUGAUUGAAGGGGAAAAGGGAGCUUUCUUGGUAAUGGUGGGGUCCCAGAUUCCUUUCAUCGCUCCUAGAUCUGAUCUUAUCAAGAUAAAAUUAAUUGAAUUUUGAAACGAGGCUAGCAUAAACAUGUAUCGCUGCGGUGUGACUGUGUGCAUGUGUUAUCCUGAGAUCACCCAGAAAUCAUCGUUAAUAAUGUUGAAUCGCAUGUAAAUUCUUCGACGAUCAGAGGUCAACUUGACAGGAGGCGUUCUAUGAUCAGUGUGGUUGUUUGAACAACAGAUUCUAAUCGGGAGACGUGAAGUAAAUCAGUCAAAAUUCAGCCCCAAACGCAAGACGCUAGUUACUCGGAUUGGAUUUAUCAAUCCUACGUGAAGGAGAUGUCGAACCAGCACUCCGCCCAGGCGCUCAACUGGCGCAAGCUCUACCUGAGUCGAGCCAAGCUGAAGGCUUCCAGCAGAACGUCUGCGCUGCUGGCAGGUUUCGCCAUGGUUGCCAUGGUGGAAGUACAGUUAUCAGAGAAUAAACAGAACAAUGCUUAUGACCCCCUCAUGAUAGCAUUUAGUAUUAACACAACGAUCCUGGUAGUUGUUCACAUGGCAGCGCUUCUCAUCAGUACCUGCAUACUUCCGAACAUUGAAGCAGUCAGUAAUGUGCACAAUGUGAACGCAGUCCAGGAAUCCCCACACAACAGCCUUGCUUUCUACAUAGAAAUGUCAUGGAUCUUUUCCACAGUCUUGGGCAUCUUCCUCUUCCUUGUGGAGAUUAUCCUGCUUGCAUGGGUCAAGUUUGGCAUGGCUCAGUAUGACAGUGCAGCUAUCGCAGCCACCGUCAUCACAGCUCCUGUCCUGGUCAUUCUCGUCCUCUUCGCAUUCCAUUUUUACCGGAGGUUGGUCUCGCACAAGACCAAGAGCCAGACCAAAGGGCUGGAGGAGUUAGAGAGUAUGAACAAUCAGCUGGACAAUGGCCAAAUUCAGAUUGUGUGAAAUGGAGUUGGGUAUUUCACAAAGAUAGAUUGAACAAAUCAGGUAAAAUUAAAAAACAUCCACUCCUAUUUGGGUUGGUCCUUUUGCCAAUUUGGAGCAGUAUGGCAGGUUAUUCAUGCUGAAGUGAAAUGAAAGUUGAAUUUCUAGACGAUUAUAUUUUCAUGCCUGGGCCCUGUAAUACAAAGAUAUACAUCAAUAUUUACGAUUGAUUGUAUUUUGGAUGUGCCAUAGAAUUCCAAACUAAAAUUGCUUGUACAGUGUACUGUAAGUGAUUGUAUAUUUUAUGUUUUGAAUUACAGUUCAAAUCCCACUGCUGCCACCAUAAAAUGGUGAAGGCCUGGGAAGAGAAUUAGAGUUAAAAGUAAAGUUUGCAGGCUGGAGUGUGUUGACAGAUACGUGUAUGCAGGAACCUACAUGUAUAACUGAUUAAGAUUGGUGGAUAGCAGAUUACUCUGAUGUCACAUGACAGUUAAAACAAGUGACAUUAAUGGUUGUUAUAAACUUCUAACUGCUGGUUGACCUACAUGUAGAUCAUGGUGAAAUGACCUAUGUGUAAUUUUGUACCCUGUAAAAGGGACUCCUUGCUAUCUGAAGAGGCUGAUUUCUAAAUCACAGCUCCUCAGUUUGAUAUUCAAAGUGGUUGGUAAAGUAAUGUUCAGUUUAUCAUCUAGUUUGCAGCACAAAAUUAUUGGUUUCAGGAAGCAGUGAAAGAAUAUAAAAGGCAUUUAAACUUGUAAUUUCUCAAACAAAGAUCAUCGAGUUGUCUUGUAAACAGCUUAUUUUGUACAGAAUACUAUCUAACAAACAACUUUAAUUACAUGUGUAAAAUAUAAGGAUUUUUUCACCUUUAUUUAUUUUCUAUUUAAAAAUCUAAGCUAUUAGGUACACUCAGUAUAGGCAUGUUCAUUAUUUAAGUUGGUUUUCAACUUUUGAUGUAACUUAAAGGAAUAUAUAUUGAAGAAACAAAAUCAGUGAACAUGAAACCAAUCUUUAAAAAAACAUAGCCAAAGAUGGAAUUUCUUAAAUGAUUCAUAUUUAACAUUUAAUCAGAUUGGAUUUUUUUUUAUUUCAUUACAUAUACAUACAGAAAAGUCAAUUUAAUUCUUUAAAAUAUAUUUUUUUUAAUGGAAUAUGGUUUGAAAUACACAUAUGUAUUAAUUAUAAACAGAAGGCAGAAUCAAGCAAAAAAUUUGAAGCAAACAAGUAACAAAUGCCACAAACAAUCAAGAUCGAGCAAUGGCUGUCAGGAAAUCUAUGAUAUGUAAAGUAUAGAUUUAUACAGUGUAUUUAUAACGUGUAUUAGUAUGCAUUCUCUUGCAUGAAGCUGCCUUUUCAAUAUCAUGUCUGAUAUACUGGUAAUGUUAAGAUUAGAAUUGAAGGAAGACCAAUUUGAACUGCUGUAUUUUUGCCCCUAUUCCUGCACAACCUUGCAUGUUUGUCAGGCUAUUCCUCAUGUUGUUUAUCAUUUGGAUUAGAAUAUAAGAUUUUGAGUUUUGAUAUUUGCCUGGUAGGAAUAUGUAAGUAAGUGCCUAUGAUGUAACCUUGGUUAAGAGGUCCCCCAUUUAUCAACAUUUUUUGUUAGUAAUUUCUGCAAAUUAACUGCUAAGUAUGUUGAUCCUUUCACUUUUUGUUUUUCUGUAGGUGCUGAGUAGGUUAACCCUUUUUAGUGGAAAUUUUAAAGACGGUUAUAAUAUGUGCAGAAAAAUGUUAUGUUAAACAUAUUUAUUUUUCUAAAGAUCAUAAGUUGAAUAUUGGAGAUGUGAGCCUUGUACAUAUGAGAUAAAUGCAUUAGUUUAUUAAUAAUUUGCACUUGUUUUGUACAGCAUGAUGUAGGAAAGAAACAUGGUACACGUUAUUUCUGAUGUCAUGGUUUUUUUUUUUGGGGGGGGGGGCAUACACUUCACACUUGUGUAGACUGAGUGGAGCAGUUGUAUUAUAAGACAAGGAGUUUUUCCUUCUGUAUUUGUGCAAUAGAAUCCUUAGUUUAAUCUUUUAUAUAAUAUUUUCAUGGCAUUUCUGUCAUUGCAAAUGUGAGGUUCAUUAUAAAGCUAAAAUUGAUUGAAAUAGUAUAGGUAAUUAUGAAGAAAAUCGUGGCAUGGUCCUUUCUUCUUCCUCUCUUUUGAUUGGAGAGUGGUACAUUUUACAUGUAUGGGUUGAUAGUUUGUAAUCAGUUAAUAUGCAAUAUGCCUUAAUCUUUUUUUUCCUCAUGUACUAUUGAAAGUUUUUGAGUUAUACUGUAGUAACUGUACAUUGUGCAUUGUGUAAAGCAGAUUUGUUUUUUUUUCUUCAAAAUUCACAACUCACCAAAAGAAAAGCUCUACUUGUAUCAAGCUUGAAGAAUGAUUUACAAUUAUGAUUUAUUGGCACAUUAUAAUAACACAAAAUAGUAUGAGAAAACUCCUGGUAAAUCUUUACCACAAAAAAAAGAAAGAAAACAAUAUACAGAAGAGCAGCACAAGUCAACCUUGGGGCAAUUCCAUAAAAUAAUUACCAUAACCUUUUUGUACAUCUGACUAAAUUACAUCUGACCCCCAUUUUUACCAAGUCUUACUUCACUUCAUAAACUGACCAAGUCAUGAUCAUUUGAGAGCAUUACAGACUGUCGAAAGAACUAGAAAUCAGAGACAGAAAAUUUCAUGAAGGUCUCACAUACAUGAGGUCGGACAUACAUAUUUUAUGGAAUUGCCCCUUGGUGUAAUAUAUAGCAUUUGUUCAAAUUUCAUAAAGUCUUUCUCUGAUAUCAAAUGCAGAAAUUGAAUGAAAUAUUUGCUAUUAGCUUGUAUAUUCAGUACUCUUUUAACACUUGACAAUUAGUUUAUAACCAGAAACCAGGUUAUUAAAAUUGGACUCAAAUUCUUGGUUGGGCUUCCAUGUACAUGCUUGUAAAAGGAUCACAUAGGGCCUACCAGGUAUUGAAUACCAGCUGAUAUGAAUUGUUUCCCUUUUAACCUGCGUCCUAUUAUACAAAGGAUUAUGAUAUAUUGCAAAUUUAAUAGUUAUUCUGAUAGGUCCAUUGUGGGUUGUUAACAUUAUGCAUAUAUCAACAAAUAAAUGAUCAUAUUUUGCAAUUGCUCUUUGUGAUUAACUGCAAACCUUUUUAGGCAUUUUAUUAGUCACUGUUAAAUUUACUAAACUGUGUAUAUGUACAUGUAAUCGGUUAUUUCUAUUGUAUACUGCCUUGUCUGUGCCUUGAUUUCAUGAAAAGGAACUGUUCAAGAUAUUGCAAGUUGCAAUUUUGUUAUUGAUCUCAUAAAGUUGAAUCUUGUGGAAAAAAACACUGCUAUAAUAUACAUGUACUUUAUAACAUGAUUUUUCUGGCACCUCUCUAUGUUAAAGAAGUUAGUGAUCAUGUAUGUACUGUGGAAUGAGUGCAUGGCCCAAUAUCUUUUAUUAGAAACUUUCAAAGUGUCACAGUGAAAAAGCAUGUUAAUCAGCAAUGCUGUAUAAGUUUACUUUAACAAACAACAUUAUGAAACAUCACAUUAUUUUCUUGAUUAUUGGACAAUAGUAGAUUAUGUUGCUGAAUGCAUCUUCUGCUCAUAGAGUUAAGAAUAAUAAGAUUAGAAUGGUUGUUUCAUGGAUGGUGCAUGUAUGGUUAUUUUCAACAUGUGAUGUUGAAUGUUCUAGUUAUCAUUAUUUCUCUAUGUUAAUUCAUUUAUCAACUCCAAAGCUAGAAAUUCACUUCCCAGUUUGAAUUACAAAAAGCAAGAAUGUAAAUAUAUGAACCAUGCAGGAUUAUGCUUGUUACUCCUUGCCAUAAGGUAAUGUACCAUUAAUUGGUAUGUCAUUGUCAUACAUUUUCUUUUCUACCUGGAUAUUCAAAAUUGGUUCAUUUGUUUGUUUCUUUUUGUGUGGGGUGGUAAAAGUAUUGAUUCAUAUUAUUAAAUACUUUCUACUUUCGUAUGUAUUGGAUAAGGGUUUAAAGGGCACAUUCAGGGAUAGAUCCAUUAUUUCAUAAAUGAGGUGGCAUAUAAAGGUGGUUGAUUUCUUCUGACUUUGAAGAAAAGUUAAUGUGUUGGGUGGGUCGAGGGAGGGGGGGUCUGAUUUUUUUCUCUAAGGCACUAUUCUGAAUGUGGGUUUAAGUUAAACUCUGGUUGAAAGUUCUGGUUUAACUAUGGAUAGCCAUUUUUCACGCAAAUCUCUAACAGUACAGGGGGGCGUUUCAUGAAAGGACUUGUCGGACAUUUUAUCCGACAAGUACCAGUUUAUCCGACAGUUACUAUAGGAACAGUGCCUCUCAGCCAAUCAGAAUCAAGGAAAGAUGUCAGAUCUGACAACUUGUCGGAUGAAAAUAUUGAUGAAACGCUCCCCAGGUUUGAUCUAUCAGCUUCUCUGUUACUUAGAUCAUUCAUAUAACUGUUUCGGAAUAAUAAAUGAAUUAAGUGUUCUUUGCCAUCAUAGCAUCAUUAGCAUGAUGAAAGAGCACAGUGAUCAUCAGAAACAUUAAUGUCGACACAUUUUCGACUCUUUUGGCUUCCCAUAAUUUUAGCACAUAGUUAGACCAUGGUCUAAGUUAAACUGGACCUCAGACUACAGACCUCAGUCUCUUAAUUCAGUCAAACUCCACUUUGAAAAUCAUAAUGUCUUACACAAUUAUUUAUUACUGGUACUUUAAAAUUUUGCAAAAGACUUGUCUCCCGUGCCGUCUACGGUCUUGUGCAUACAUGCAUGUACAUACCACUUUGUCUCUCCCCCCCAGAAUCUUUUCAAAAUUAAAAAUGAACACAUUUAUUCAUAUUCCAUGAGGCGACCUAUAAACACCUUUGAUUAAUCAUUUUGUUUUCCCCUUUCUAACUUCACUUUCACCUCAUAGUGAUGAACACAUGAGCAUUUUGACCAAAUGAACAGCUUUAUCUCCCUGUCAGUAGUUAGAAACAACAAAUCUUUUUGUGCCAAUUAUUUGCUCAUCCGUAUGUGUGGUUUUUUUUACGCAGGGACAACUGCUAACUUUAAAAAUAAUUUGUGAAUGGAUUAUUACAAAGCGUAUGAAAGAGUGUUUUAUUCCAAAUAUAUCAAGUGAUAUAUUUUUUGUAUAUAAAUAGCAUGUGAAUGGGUUGUUUCUCCCACAGGACUCACUCAGCGAACAUCAUUCAUAGAUCACUGUUUCAUUUAAUAUGGACAAUUUGUGAUUCCACAAAAAUAUUAUUUUGAUACGUCAUGCUAAUUUUGUUUGAAACCUGUGUUGCCAUGCAUAAAGUUGAUGUUGUCAUUUACUGUCUCUGUACAUGGGAUUAAUCAACAGCUUUUUUUGUAAUGUGACUGUUAAUCAAUAUACAAAAGUUGAUUCUUUUUCACUCUUUGAUAAACAAUAGUGUGUGCUCAUCAAGAUGUGAGUAUUAAAUCACAUACAAAAAUAUUAUACAAAAAUUUUAAGAAAAAAUCCUCUUUCAUAUGAUACUUGAUAAUUUACUAAGUAUUCACAAAAGAUUCUGAAAGUAAUUAGCUAUUUUUCAGGUGCAAACUUGUCUCUGUGUGAUACUCGCUUGAUGUAAUUUAUUGCCAUUGAAAGUACUAUUUUAUUAACUUUAUGCUUUGUUAUAUCUGAUUUAUUACCACAUUAUUAUGAAAUACAAGAAUUUAAUUACACACUGCAGUAUAUAAA